AUUGUUGCACCAUCAGCAACCUCGGCAACAGGAGUGCAGCCAUUCCAACACGGGCCUCCAGGACAACCUUCUCCAGUUCACUCUUCCAGCCAGUCGCGCUACUUCCCGCCUCCCGGUGGCCAGGCAGGCAAUUUUUACGAAAAUGUGCCACCCUCAUUUGGUCAACCGAGGGGCCCUGGUUCUGUCCCUCCUGGAGCCGGCAACCUUUCAAUGCCGCCCUACCACUCGAUGCCAAGUUCCAAUCAGCCUUCGCUGGUUGGGCCACCAGGAAUGCCUCCACCGCAUGGAAUGACUCCUUCCACUACUGCCGGUUGUAAUUAUCCGGCCGGAGCUGGCCCAUUGUCUCAUCAACAGGGCUUCGGAAUGGCGCCCUUUAUACCGGGUGGGGAUUCUAAUUCUGUCUAUCCUCAAUCUCAUUCUGUCAAGCAGGGUCCCGUUCAAGUCUAUCCGAUGCCUCCUUCUCUCGGCCAGCAUUCAAAGCCCGAAUAA